AUGUCUAGUCAUCUAUAUAUAUUAGAGAAUUUAAAACAUUUAUCAACAAUAAAUGAUUCAACAUAUUUUAAAUCUCCAUUAAAACUUGAUGAAUCAGGUAAAUUACGUGAUUCUACAUUUUAUUAUAGAAAACGUUUUAAUAUUGAAUAUUGUUAUAGUUUAAUAAUGGGUUCAAAUGCUCCUAAUGGUUCAUUUUAUGUAACAAAUGCACUCGAUAUAAAACAUGAAACAAUUUGUGAAACAAAUUAUAAUGGGAUUUUACUUGAUGGUCGUCUAUCUAUUUAG